CGCUGGCCGUUUCCUGUUUCCCCGUUUCUGAUCGCGACGCACACCGACAGCCCCGUUUCGAUAUCUUCCCAACCGGUCCUCCCUCUUCGUCUUCGUUUCCUACUUCGUCGCCCUCCGUUCGGAUGAGAAUAACCCUAAUCCGAUCGAGAAUGGAAACCUAGCUUGGAUCCCCCGAUGCCCCUUCGAUCCCCGGCCUCCAUCUUGUCUGUGACCCUUGGCCGCCGUUCCUGGGUUAUGGCCAUGGAAAAAUGGCUGUUCCGCCUCAUCUCCGUCUCCUUCGUCUCCGUGCUGCUUUUCCUCUCCGCCAUCUCCGGCUUCACGGCCUCCUAUGCUUUCCACGCCCGUCGGCCCGCCCCCACCGACGUCCACCGCGGCCCGGCCCACCUGCCCGCCUUCGCUUACUACAUCUCCGGCGGCCGAGGCGACUCCCGCCGCGUCCUCCGCCUGCUCCUCGCCGUUUACCACCCCAGGAACCGCUACCUCCUCCACCUCUCCGCCGAUGCCUCCGAAUCGGAGCGGGCCGACCUGGCGGCCAGGGUCUGGCUUUCGAUCCCUGCCGUACGAGCGUUUGGGAAUGUGGAUGUGGUCGGGAAGGCCAGCGCAAUGACACCGAUGGGGUCGUCUGGGCUUGCGGCCACGCUACAUGCUGCCUCAGCGCUACUCCGGCUCGACGACGGCUGGGAUUGGUUCGUGACGUUGAGCGCCGAGGACUAUCCGCUUGUCACGCAAGACGAUUUGAUUUAUGUUUUCUCCAAUGUGCCAAGGAACCUUAGCUUCGUGGACCACACCAGUGAUCUUGGAUGGAAAGAAAAUCAGAGGGUUCAACCAAUUAUAGUUGAUGCCGGGCUUUAUUUGGCAAAGAGGAAGUCAUUUUUCAAAGCUUCUCAGAAUCGGGUCACCCCUGAAUCUUUCAAGUUCUUCACAGGUUCUCCGUGGGUUAUCCUGAGUAGGUCCUUCAUAGAAUACUGCAUACUGGGUUGGGACAAUCUAGCUCGCACUCUUCUCUUGUACUUCACAAAUGUAAUGUUGUCCGAAGAAGGUUAUUUUCAUUCGGUCCUAUGCAACUCUCCUAAUUUUCAGAAUACAACAGUGAACAGUGACCUAAGGUAUAUGGUGUGGGAUAGUCCUCCAAUGCUGGAACCCCACAUUCUUAACAUGACAGAUUUUGAUCAGAUGACAGAGAGUGGAAUGCCUUUUGCUAGGCAGUUCCGUCAGGGUGAUGCAGUGCUAGAUAAAAUUGAUAGCAGGAUACUGAAACGUCGCUACUACAAGGCCGUUCCUGGGGCUUGGUGCUCUGGCAAGAGGAGAUGGUGGAUGGAUCCAUGCUCUCAGUGGGGCAAUGCUGACAUUGUCAGACCUGGGCCUCAAGCAGAGAAGUUUGAACAAUUGAUGAAAAAGGUGGUAGAGGAAUGGAAGUCAAAAUCUAGCUCGUGCAGAUAAGUCUGAAAAUUUCAUAACUAUUCGAGUAUCAAGAUUAAUUUUGUUGGGGCAUGUUCAGCAGCAAUUACUCCCCACACGAGGUGAUUUCAUUUUCUCAUCUCAAUCACUACUAGAGAUUUCUGCAUAGCUUAUACCAAGAUGGAGGUCAUGUGGUUGGUGGUCUCUCUCUCUCUCUCUCUCUCUCUCUCUCAGCUGGUACGACUUCAAAGGUUCUACAUGGUAGUUAGCUGCAAUGACACACUACUCUAUUGGGGGGGUCCAUGAAAUCAUUUUUGAAGAAAGUCCAUGACUUGUGGGCUAUUUGCUGAUGUUGUUUGAGUCUUCCACCAAAUGCCAGAGUGCCAUAUAUCCACUGAUGUUAGAUAAACCAGAAGAACUUACUUCCAUAUGCAUAGAAAUGAGCAAGCAAAUGUCUUUUGUGGACACAUGUUGUCUCUAUGGUAAGCAUCUUCCAAGGAGAUAGAGUCUUGACAUGUUAUGCAGACUAGUGCAGAUUAUGUUAAGUGAGAUGAGAUCAGGCCUCUCCUAGAGUGUUAUUUGUCUUUGAUUCUUUCAUGUUAUGCUGUAUUCAUGUGGGUACAUACUGGUUGCUGUAUAAACCAAAUGAGGUUGCUGAUUUACCUCACAUCAGUGUCACACAGCUUCUUUGCACCUUUGAGGAUCUUUACUUUGGCCUUUCAUAUUAUCAUGAUUUGUUCUCUUUA